CCUUACCAUUCCCUCUAGGGUUUAGAGGAUGGUUUAACGUCUCCUCCAUGAGACCUCUGCGAUUCCGACCCUUCCCAUAUGAACGGCCAAGAGGCGGAAAGGAGGAGAUGCUUCCCGCCCACGCAGCCGUUGUCGACUUCCUCCUUCGCCUCAGCCAUCGCCCGAGUUGCAGUGGCGCAAAUCUGUCAGGGCGUGGGCUUCCGAUCGGCGGAGCUCUCUGUCCUCGAUUCUCUCUCCUGCAUCGCCACCACCUACAUGCGGCACCUCGGUAGGUCCGCACGCCAUGGCGCUGAAUCCUCCGGCCGGACGGAGUGCAACCUCCUCGACGUCGUCCGCGCCCUAGAAGAACUCGCCUCUUCUCACGGAUUCGACGGUGCGUCCGAUAUCAACCGCCCGCUAGCAAGAUCGGGCGCCCUCUCGGAGAUCAUCCAGUUUGCUGCGGUUUCGGAUGAGAUCCCCUUCGCGAAGCGGAUACCUCCGCAGUGUGAUCCGGAAGGAGCGGGGUCAUCGAGUUUUCUGCAGUUGGGGGAAAAACCGCCAUUUGCGCAUGUUCCUUCAUGGUUGCCCGCGUUUCCAGAGGAGUUUAGGAGUAAGAAAGGGAGAAAAACUCCUGAAGUGACAGUCGAGGAUCUCUCCGGCCUUGCGGUUAGUGUUACCAAGAAAAGGGUGGAAUCUGAGUUCCGUCGGAACUUCCUGCCGCUUGAGAGGCCGAUCGUCAGGUUCGAGUUUGGGAUAUGCGAGAAACCUUUAGAUGAGUGUCUAGAUAGUGUUGAUGGUAAGCAAAGAAACUCUUGGCUGGAUAGGAUUUUGGAGAGGAGGGUGAAGGAACGGUUGGAUUGAAGUUGUGGAAGGGGUGUCAUAGUAUUGCGAACUGAACAGCUUCAAAUGGAAAUCAUGUCCUCCCGUUGCCUGAGAACUUCGAGAGAGGGGAAUAAAGUGAGAGACCAGUCGCCCUCGACUGGUCCACUAUUGCUUUCGGCGGAACCCACUUGCAACCUUCCUGCAUUGACAGAAACUGAGGACGAGUCGAGGGGUUCUGCCGCGCCUUUUGCCCUAUGAAUCGGUCGGCAGCUACUGCAGCAACAAUCGGGCAGGGGAGGGCUCGACUGCCCUUCUUUCUCUCUGUCGCAGGGAAAUCGAGGGCUUUAUCGGGGUCCCUCCAGCUUGCCUUGCUGCACGCAGAGGAGGCCCAGGGAGGAUGACGGCUCGCUCUCUCUCUGGUUCUGGUUUUUCUUUUGGAAGAGUGGAGGAAGUUCCACUGCAUAACAAAACAAGAAGAGAGAGGUGCUCCUGUGAGGAGAGAGAAAAAUGACAGCUUGGGUCUAGGGGCGACCAAAAAGGAAAACAGCUGAAGUUCCCUCCGAUGAGCCUAUGCAGGAAUGGACCCAGCUGUCGACGUCCGUGACAGAAACAAAGGAGUCGAGGGUUUAACAUGGUAUUACCCAAAUCAUACCCCUUUAUUAUUUAUUUAUUUAUGUAUUUCUCUCUCUUUUUUUGUUCACAUACGUAAUCACGUUUAAUACAUGCGUAUAAAUGUUUCUUUUUAGGAAAUCAGGGAUAACUAUAACUAAGAGCACUGAGUAUCAUUUCCAGCAUGUAACACCUCACACAUCGAUUCAUAUCUAGACGUGUAACUACAUAAAUCCAUUAUUAUACCAUGCAUAUAUAUAUCUAUCUACAAGCAACAAAAAUGCAAGGGCUACAUGAUGCACUCAUAACCGAACAUUUUCAUACCUGUCAAAUCCAAAAUAAAUUUCCAACAGAUAUGAAUCUGUUGAAGUAGACUAUUUUCAAGCCUCCCAAAACUGCCAUACGAGUUUUGCAAUCUCUCUCUCAAGGAAAAAAAAUGACCUAUCAGUUUUCUUUCCGCUUUCUUUUAAUAUUUUCUGUUAGUAACCUAUUUAUUUCUUACCAUAACUGCUCCCUUUAUGAUUAA